UUUAAGAUAAGAGUGGCAUAAAAAAAUCUAAAAUUGAGCCCCAAAUUUGGAUUAAAUUGCAGAAACUACCCCAUAUUAUUGAAAAUUACAUAUUUCUACCGGAUCCUAGAUGAAGGGGUAAUAUAUGCAUAUAGUCCAUAGUAUCAGGGGUCUAUAUGAAACUCCAGAAAGCCAUGUAUGAACACUCAACGGUCCAAUCUUCAGAAGAUUGUGCUAUAUCUAUCUGGAUCCAGCCCAUAUACCCAACAUACACGUCAACACAACAUAAAUUUUCGUCAGAAGUAUACGACUGAUUCUGUUUCCACAGUGUGCAGACCCACUAACGGCUCUCAUUUUCAGUUAAUUUUUGAUGAGAUUGCUCUUUCUUUUGUGAACUCGAAGCAUUGUUGUUUGCGAUUUCAAGAGGAAGAGUUGACUUGUAGCUAUUAGCAUUAGAUCCAGGAUUGUGUUCUACUCCUGCAUCUCUUGUGUAGCCAAUGGCUACCAAUGAGAAUCUACCUCCAAAUGUAAUAAAACAAUUAGCUAGAGAAUUAAGAAAUCUUGAUGAAACACCACCCGAAGGAAUUAAAGUUGGUGUAAACGAUGAUGAUUUUUCAACAAUAUAUGCAGAUAUCGAAGGCCCAGCUGGGACUCCAUACGAAAGUGGUGUUUUUCGCAUGAAGUUGAUUCUUUCUCGCGACUUCCCUCAUUCACCUCCUAAAGGUUAUUUCUUGACCAAAAUUUUUCAUCCGAAUAUUUCAUCAAAUGGUGAGAUCUGUGUAAACACAUUGAAAAAGGAUUGGAACCCAAGUCUUGGCUUACGCCAUGUUUUAGUUGUGGUUCGAUGUUUACUCAUUGAGCCAUUUCCAGAAUCAGCAUUAAAUGAACAGGCUGGGAAAAUGCUUCUAGAAGAUUACCAAGAGUACGCUAGACAUGCCAGGCUGUAUACUGGAAUCCAUGCGUUGAAGCCAAAGCCAAAGUUGAAGACAGUGGUGGUGUCCGAGUCAACACCUGGUCAAAAGGUUGACCAGUCAACACCUGGUCAAAAUGUUGACCAGAAAAACAUGGGACCAGGCGUGGUGGUGGCAACUCCAUUGGGUCCGUCUUCGAAUACAAUGAAGGGAGGAGGAGGUCAGGAGGUGCCGCCAAGUGCCGCUGUGAAUCCGGUGGUGGAGAUCGGAGUUAGUAGCGGAUCCGGUGCACUGCCGCCACUGGGAUUGGCGACACUAAAGAAGGAAACGGUGAAAGUGCAAACGGAUAAAAAAAAGAUUGAUGCUAGGAAGAAAAGCUUGAAAAGAUUGUAAUUGUUUAAACUUUAAAGCAAGUUUAUAUGAUAGUAAUGUGGUUUUAUUUCCUUUAGUGUUGUUGGAAUGUUUUAUCUAACAAUGUGACUUAGUGAUUCUGAAUUGGGUUUUUACUUUUUACUUUUUACCAAAGAUAGGAAUGUAUUUAUUUAUUUAUUUAUUUUUUUACACGUAAUAUCAACGUGCUUAAGUUUUGCUAUAUAAAUGUAAGUGUGUUGUUAUGGGUAGAGAAAUGCAAUUGUAACGCUAUUAGGUUGUUAUUUAUUGUAAUUAGUUUGACACUAAAAGCUAAC